GGACUUGGAUUAGAAACUGCUUUACGAAAAGUAUUCAACCGCCAAAGAAUAACCAACUAUAAAUACAACACCAUUGAACGGUUUUUCAUUCUUUGCAAUGUCUUGUACGUAGUUUCCUCCUCCUUCUUCUUCUUCUUCUCUGUUUUUGUAUAGACUAACAAUUCUUUUUUCACCAAAUAAUCAUGUUAACCAAUCCUUAUUUCCAUCCUUCCUCUCUUAUCCUGCAGAGGGAGCAAGUGCAAGUUGAUAUUGAAGAUCGAGGCUCUGUGAUAAUUGACAAUGACGAAGACAAAAUUUUGGAUGCUGGCGCUGAAAACGAUGAGGCUGAUUCGGGUUAUUAUAAUAAUAAUGAUAGUUUCGAGGAUUUCACUCGCAAUGGAAUGGUGAAGAUUGGAGAAGGAAGCCCUGAGCAUGACUUGAUCAAGAAGACUUUGCUUGAGGGUAUUGGAACACAUGCAAAAGAUACUAAGAUAGUGGCCAUACACAAGAAUACAGUGUCUGGUUUAGCAGGGAAAGCUCGGUGGCUUACUUUCAGGAUUUUUGCACAAGCAGUGGCAGCGAGGCGCGCUGGGAAUGCUAAUCUGCGGUUUGCUUGGUUUGGUGCUUCCAAAGAGAAGAUUUGUCAAGUCAUUUCCCAUGGAUUUAGUCAGUGCGGUGAAACUGCUAAUGGUCAGUCUCAUGGGGUUGGCGUUUCUCUUUCUCCUGCAAAAUUUUCCAUCGAUGGUGUGGCAUCAUCAGUUGCUGAUGAAAAUGGUCUAAGGCAUAUACUGUUAUGCCGCGUGGUACUGGGAAAGAUGGAAACGAUUCCUGCAGGCUCCAAGCAAUUUCAACCAAGUUCGACAGAUUUCGACUCUGGUGUUGACAAUAUUGCAGAGCCUAGAAGAUUCACUGUGUGGAGUGCUUUUAUGAAUUCUCAUAUCUUCCCUAAUUACAUCAUCAGUAUCAAGACUCCUUCCUUCAAUGGUUUAAAUAGAAAUCAAGCAAGGCCCUUAAGGCCCAACUCGCCAUGGAUGAGCUUUCCUGCUUUGUUGUCUAUAUUGUCCAAGUUCCUGGAUCCUUCUCAAAUGACUUUGAUUUUCAAAUCUCAUGAUGACUUUAAAAAAAAUAAAAUUACAAGACUGCAACUAAUCCGAAGGGUGAGGAAGAUAACUGGAGACAAGCUGUUGGUCGAUAUAAUUAAAUCUUGUAAAGGAAAGCUUGUGGUCAGAGCAUCAAGCAGGGGCAUCAAAAUUUGACAUUCUUACAAUCUGCAGCAACUUUUGUGACAACAUCUAGAAGCAGCACCAGCAACUAAAACAAGAAGAAAUGUUAUGCUGCUGACAGUGAUGGCAUUCUUUUAGAAAUUUGGAUAUUACAGUUGUUGUAUCAGUUAGGCUUUUUUCCAUAGUUUCAACCUUAAACCAGAAAGUCAAAGAAGUUGUACACCACUUCUCCAGCAAUUAUACCAAUUUACAAGAUUGUUUGAUCAGAUUUUGGUUCAA